AUGUCCACUCAAAUCAAGAGAGAGAAACCGAUUAAGAAGCAGUUCCAGAAGAAGAAAUUCGCAGACUUAGCAGUUCAGGGCACCAAUAACUCAUCGAUCGCGUCGAAGAGGUCUGUGGAAUUAACCUAUCUACCCAAACUAGGCGUGGGAAGUAAUGCUGAGAAACUACAACCAGGUAAGCCAUACUUCAGGUACUUUGUGCCCAAAAAGAUCAAGAGGUCGCCUUGUAUCAAUAGAGGCUACUGGUUAAGACUUCAUGCAGUCAGAUCACAUAUAGAAUCUAUUCUCGAUUCUUGUCAGGAAAACAUCACAAUCAUCAAUCUGGGUUGUGGGUACGAUCCACUUCCAUUUGAGAUGCUGGAUCCACAAAACCCACAAUACUCUCGUUACUCAAACAGACUGAAUUUCAUUGACAUUGACUAUCCAGAUCUGCUUAAUAUAAAAUCUGGUGUUAUCAAAGAAACACCAGAAUUACUGUCCAUUAUUGGUGGUAUCGAUCCAACUGAAACUAAUAUGAUCAUCUCUGAGCGAUACAAAACAAUACCGUGUGAUUUAUAUGAUAUGCCUGCUUUUGAAGCGCUAUUGAAGAGCGAAAAUCUUGGACAUCCAAACACCAUCAAGAUAUUUAUUGCAGAAGUCUCGUUAGCUUAUAUGAAACACGAGAAAGCAGACGAUAUUAUUGCAAGCUGUUCAAAAUUCCCAAAUAGCCACUUUAUUAUGCUUGAGCAAAUUAUUCCGGUUGGUGAGUAUGAACCUUUCUCUGGGAGAAUGUUGAAGCACUUCUCAAAGAACGAAUCACCUCUUCAAACGGUAACGAAAUAUCAAACAAUCGAAUCUCAAAUCGAAAGAUUUAGAAGAUAUAACUUUACGAAUGUAAAUGCAGGAGAUAUGUUCCAAUUGUGGAAUUCACUAUCAUCUAAUGUACAUUCUAAAAUCGAAAACAUAGAGCCAUUUGAUGAGUUGGAAGAGUUCCAUUUAUUCUGCCACCAUUACAUGAUUUGCCACGCUACAAACAAUGAACAAUUUAAAUUCAAUGAGAGCAUUAAAUUUAGAGAACCUGAAGUACUACCCAGUUUACCUAUCAGCGGACUAAGGAUAGAUAGUAUUGACAAAAUAGGAUUUUCUAAAAGGUUUGGUUCAUCAGUGAUAUCUAAAGAUAGUAUAAUAUACACUGGAGGUGCAUCUCCGUAUAGAUCUGACGAAGCAGAUGUCAUAAACCUUGAAGAAUGUACCAUAGAGACUCUUUCAAAUAUGAAAUUACCCGAUGCUAGGGUAUGCCAUAGUUACGAUUCUCUGAUGGACGGCAAGUUAGACAUAUUAAUCGGAGGUAGAAAAGCUCCACAUCAGCCCUUUAAUGACGUUUUCAUAUUUGAGAAGCAAACAGCUAGUUGGGAAAAAGUAGCAACAUUAGAUUAUCCAAUAUAUCGACAUGCAACGAGCUCUUUAAGCAAUGAUAAGCUACUUCUUUUUGGCGGUAACUUUUGUUUAAAAGAACCAUUCUUAACCAUUACAGUGAAAAGCGAAACGCAAAUUGUGGUCAGAAGUAUCAACUGUCCUGAUUCUAUUAAAUCAAGUAUUGGCGCAGCCAUGUGCUAUAAUGAAGCAUCAAACGAUGUGAUAAUAUUAGGUGGAUCUUCGAAUGGAACUGAAGUUUCAGAUAAGUUGAUCAUCAUGUCCUAUGAUGACAAAUCUGAGACAUUAACAGUCAAAAAAGAAGUUACAAAUGAUUUGUUUAAAAGAUACGGUAGUAAGAUAAUUCAUUUAACCGAUGAUGAAUAUUUGGUGGUUGGGGGUACUUCACCUGACCGCUUAUUUGACGCUAGCAACAGCAUAAUUACAUACAAUUCAAGGUCAGACGAAAUAAAGUCUGUUAGAAUACCCGAUCACAUAUGGCAAGGUGAUGAAUUAAUGCUAGUUGGGUUUGAGCUCCAGAAGUUAAAUGGUAAAAUAAUAAUUUUUGGGGGUGGUGCAACCUGUUACGGGUUUGGCUCUGUAAAUAAUAGCAUAUACAGUAUAGAAAAAUAG